AUGUCUAUCGCUCGGCAACUCUUCCGCGAAUUCCGGCCCUUCUUCCAGAUGCUCGAGCAGCCGCUGGGCAGAGCACCAGCUUCGCUCAACUCACACCGCUACUCCCUCUUCGACGACCCAUUCAUCGGAUCUUUUCAGACGUCCCGCCCUGCGCUAGACGUUACUGAAGAAGGCAGCAAUUACAUCGUUGAAGCCGAGUUGCCCGGAGUCAAGAAGGAGGAUCUGAAUGUCAGGAUAGGGGGUGACGGUCGCAGUGUCACAAUCGAAGGCAAGGUUUUCAGCCGUAGGAGUGGAGGAGACUUCGAUCCCAACGGAAAUGACAACAUUUCCCAAACCAAUACUAGCGAUAGCUCUGCCAGCUUAGAAGCCGAUGUGAACGCUGGUGCUGUUCAGAAGUCAGACCCGUCAACAACCGAACUCGCCUCUGAACGCGCAUCUAGCAUCUCGUCAAGCACGUUCUCUCGAACUGUGUGGUUGCCCCAGAUGGUCGACAGCUCAAAGGUGUCGGCCAAACUGGAUCAUGGCGUCCUCACUUUGACUAUCCCCAAGGUGGAGGACAAGGCACACACUACUAUCAAGAUCGAGUAA